AUGAGUAGAAGUUGGAUUAAGCUUAAGGAUAGGUUUUGUAAUGAAUAUCAAAAGGGGGUUUCUGAGUUCAUAGGGGCUGCCAGCAAACAUGUUGAUACACUAGGUAGAACUAGAUGCCCUUGUAAAAGGUGCAAUAAUCGAAACUUCAAGAAGUUGGAGAUUGUCGCAGAUGAUAUAACUAGGAAUGGCAUGGUCGAGACAUAUACUACAUGGAUCCAUCACGGUGAGUCGUUUGACUUUGAGUGUACUAGUAAUCAGCCCAGGCAACCUACAGUUGCGUCUGAGACUGAGGGUUUAGAGGAUGACAUGGCUGAUAUGUUAGGGGAUAUGCUGCGUGCUUCUUAUGGAAAUGCUCCUGUCAUUGAGGGGUCAACAACACCUAAUUAUUCUAAUCUAACAGACCUCAAUGAUAAAUUGGCUCGGCUAAUCCGUGAUGCCAAUUUGCCAUUAUACCAUGGAUGCAAAGACUUUUCUAGAUUAUCAUUCGUUAUGAAAUUGCUGAACAAUAAACUGGUAACCAACAGUGCUGAUAAAGCCUUCAACAUGAAUCUUGACCUAGUCCAAAAAGCUUUACCUGUUGGUGAGAUGCUUACUUCUUCCUUCUAUGAAGUUAAGCAGUACAUGGAAGAUCUUGGGUUCGGUUACACCACUAUAGAUGCCUGUCCAAAUCAUUAUGUACUCUAUAGAGGUCCUCUAGAAUCUGCCAAGUCAUGUCCCAAAUGCAAUGAGUCUAGAUACAUACCUGGGAAACAAAAUAAUGUAGCCCAAAAGAAAGCUAGGUUUCUCCCACUAAAAGAUAGACUGCAAAGAUUGUACAUGACUAAGGAGGAUGCUAAAGACAUGAGGUGGCACAAGGACUUGCGUGUCGAUGAUGAUACAUUAAGGCAUCCGGCAGAUGCAAAAACUUGGAAACGAUUCGAUGAGGAAUAUAGUUGGUUUUCAGCAGAACAUAGGAAUGUUCGCCUUGCUCUUCUAAGUGAUGGGUUCAAUCCUUUUGGGAACAUUAGCAAUAGCUAUAGCAUGUGGCUUGUCGUGUUAACACCGUUAGGGGUGUGCAACGGUUCGGUCUGGACCGGACCAAACUCAUGA